AUGGAAAACUCAGAUUCUAGCGAUCAAGGAAAUGACCAAUCUGCAGCACAGAGCAGAAGGCAAAUGGAUCCAUUGGAUCGGGAAGAAGCUUUCUAUCGAUUUGUAAAUAAUCUGAGCGGAGAAGACUAUCGACUUAUGAGAGACAACAAUUUGCUAGGCACCGUAAGUCAAAGUACUGAGGAGGAGCUUCUCAGAGGACUACAGCAAAUUAAAGAGGGGUCACCACCACCACCCCCGCCACAGAGCUCAGAAGAAAAUAGACGUGGAGUCUCUUCAGAUGACCUGUCCAAUGGUGAGUCCAUAACAGAUUGGCCCAACUCUGUCAGCCAGACUGGCAAUACAACAAGAAGUGGUCAGAGAGGAAAUCAGUCCUGGAGGGCAGUGAGCCAGACUAACCCAAACAGUGGUGAUUUCAGAUUCAGUUUAGAGACAAAUGUGAACCGUAAUAAUGGAAGCCAAACCCCAGAGAAUGAAAAUAAAACAUCUGCUACUCGUCUUAAUGUAGAAAACAUGGACAGCAGCAGUCAAAGGCAAAUGGUAAAUUCAGCAUCUGACACAUCAUCUGCCAGAAUACCUAGUUCAGAAUGCAGUUCUGCUGAAGCAUUAACAGAAGUGCCAUCCACCAGAGGUCGGAGGAGGGAAAGAAGCCGGAAACCCGAACACCAGAGAAGAACCAGAGCCAGAGCUGAGAGAAGUAGGUCCUCUCUGCACCCAGCAAAUGCAAUUCCACGAAGAUCUCAUCAUAGCAUCUCAUCUCAGACUUUUGAGCACCCUUUGGUAAACGAGAUCGAGGGAAGUUCUAGAGCCCCUCGCCAUGGGACUUUGAGACAGCACAUAACUGGACCUGAGUUGCUAGGUAGAGGUCCUUCUGCGGCUUCUGGGUCAAGAAAUUCUGCAGCUCAAGGGACAAGUUAUUCAGACACGGAUACCAAUGGUGAAGCGGCAGGAUCUGGUCAAAGACCUCCAACCAGAGACCUUCAAGUCAGAAGGGGUCUUCUGGGAGAAUACCCGCAGAGAGAGAGCAUAGCUAGCAGAACUCGGUCAAGGUCUCAGACCCCAAACAACACGGUCACUUCUGAAAGAGAAGAUGGAGGUUUUAUACGCACCUUUACACUUUUGGGGCGUGCAGCUGGGAGAACCUAUGUGAGUAGAGACGGGUUUUCCACUCUUACAAUCUUCGAUCCUGGAUCAAGGGAAACUACAACUGUUCCGAUUCAAACCAGGCUAAGGCAGAGAUCGACAAGUUUGGGUGAGCUUCCAUGGAGUGGAAGACCUUCCGAUGGUUACAGUUCAGAAACUCUCUCAGCGAUGUUUGAAGGAGGAGGUACUGAAGCAACCCGACUUUACCCCUUUUGUGACGACCUCCUACCUAGUGGACUCACCAAAGAAUACAUUGAUAACUUAGCAAUGAGAAGUUUCGGUGAAAACGAUGCAUUGACGACAUGUAGUAUUUGCAUUACAGAAUAUACAGAAGGCGACAAACUUCGUAAGCUACCUUGCUCCCAUGAGUACCACGUCGACUGCAUCUACAGCUGGUUAUGGGAGAAUAUCACCUGUCCCAUUUGUCGCAGGUCCGUCUUAUCUUCUGGGAACAGAGAAAGAGUCGUGUAA